CCCUCACCCCCUCCCCAGAGCAAGGAGGAUGCUGUCGAGACAAGCUACAACCCCUCACCCCCUCCCCAGAGCAAGGAGCAUACUAUAGAGAAGCUACAACCCCUCACCCCCUCCCCAGAGCAAGGAGGAUGCUGUCGAGACAAGCUACAACCCCUCACCCCCUCCCCAGAGCAAGGAGGAUACUGUCGAGACAAGCUACAACCCCUCACCCCCUCCCCAGAGCAAGGAACAUACUAUAGAGAAGCUACAACCCCUCACCCCCUCCCCAGAGCAAGGAGGUAUUAUAAGCUUACAUCUAAUAUAAACACACCCCCCCCCCCCCCCCCCCCCCCCCCCCAUACACUUCAACCGAAAACGUCCCAAUUCUGUGCUGGAAAUUGUCUUCUCUUCGAUGUACAGGUCACAGGUCAAUGUUAUGAUGUGAUAAUAUGCAGUAAAAAUUUGUAUAACUAA